ACUCUCCAUCCUACCGCCUCUCCUGUGUCUCCAGUCCCGUUGCCUUUAUUGAGGUUGCGCUUCCAUCACAAAUACCAUGGCCGAGAUUGUAGGCGUAGUAGCCGCCUCGUUGGAAUUCGGAAAAAUCAUGUUGGAACUCAAGCAGCUCGCAUCCUCAAUCAAACAUGCUCCCGAAGAAUUGCUCGAAAUGCUGGAAGAGCUCGAUCUCACUGAUAACAUUUUGCAGACUCUUGCCGACCAGGACGCGCUACUGGCCAUCUAUGCCCCUCCUGUCGUGAUACAGAAAUGUCGAGACUCUUGCGAAAAGGGCGUGGACAUUCUGAAGCCGCUGUGUUUCGAGCUUCGGAAGGCCAUCGAGCGCUCGAAAUUGCGUGGCUCCAUAAAGUCAGUGCUGAAGGAGAACUUGCUUGCAAAGGCCAGGCGACGCAUUGAGAGGGCGAAAAUCAACCUGAUCCUCGCUCAGACAGCAGCAGCGAAUGCGAUAAAUGCUCUAAACCUGCAACAGCACAUAACUACACAGACGUUGAUUAUCUCAGGGUCCGCUGCCACACUGACGCAGUCAAAUAGCAAUCCUGAAGGACACCUCUAUCAAUCUGAUGGCACCCUUCCGAUCCUGGAUAAUACCCCUGUUCUGAACGGGGAAGGUCAUGUCCAGAAGUUUGUUGGCAGCACCAGGCAAGAAAGACGGACCUAUUGCCGUCAACGCCUACAGAGUACCUCCCUUUUGAUUUUGCACAGUUCGUGGCUCGGAAAAAGGGUCGAAUUUCUACGAAUACGAGCGUCCGGGGUACCAUUCUUCGGCAUAAAGACUUACAAUAUUAUCCCAUAUCAUUCGCCGGUCUUCACAGCCGUCCGUGCAGGUGACGUCGCUGCUAUUCAGAGCCUAUUUCGGGACAAAUCCGCUUCCAUCUAUGACAGGGACCAGUUUGGAAAUACGCUACUCAUGGAAGCCUGCUGGACUGGUCAGCUAUCUAGUAUGAGAUUUCUCCUCCAACAAGGAGCCGAUCCGAACGACAAAGAUUUCGAUCAAGGUUCCUGUCUUGGUGCUCUUACGUUCGGGCGUCAUCUUACUCGCGACACCUUUCUUAUACUUGCGGGAAACCACGACCUUGAAGACUUGACAGAUUCAACAGCAAUGACCCUGGCCAACAUCGCCAUCCUUCAGCAGGACGGCCUUCCCGAGAUUGUGCCGGUGCUUGAACCUGUUUGGAGCAACGCCGACUUCGCUGUACGGCUCGAGUUGGCGUAUAGUUGUUGUCGUCCCGACUAUCCUGCGCGAGAUUUCUGGCUUGUACUCUCAGAGCAACGAUUAGACGAGUCCUGUCUUACCAUGCCAGAAGAGACUGGCAAUGGGUAUGUGCGACGUCCCAGCCUUGCCUUGUACUUGGCUUCUACAAUGGGAAGGAUAUGCACCAAUCUUAGUGGCUGGCGAUCGAUCUUGCAACAGGUGGUAUCGCUGAACGGUAUUAAGAUUUCGUUCGAGCAUCAGUGCGGCUCCCCAAUGUUGGAAUAUCUGGGGUUUAACCUGCCCUUAUGGUAUUGGGGUUCGAGGGCUGAUCUCAGUCCUCGGCGUCUGACGCGUAAGCUACAGAACUGGGCACACGAAAUGCAGCUCGCUGGCCAGGAUUUGCAAGCUUAUGGUCGUUGGGAGCAAGAGUUUCUUUCUAAUAGCGAUGGCGAAUUUUCAUGGUACGUUGAGUCUGUCACAGUUCGAUUUGUGAAUUUCACAUACGGACCUUCUCCUCAAGACUGGCAAAUAUGGGUCUCUACCUCAAUGGAUGAGAGUGCGGGCGAGUUUUGGGAAGCUGUGGAAGAUGGAGAGCCUGUGCUCGAUGUUCCAGGUUCAUGGCCGACGCUAGAUCCCGAAGGGACGGAAUACUCGAUUGCACUGCUUGGCCAUAAAUUUUCCAGGAGAAGACGUCGCCGUUUUCUGCGGUAUCUCGGCCUGGAACUGGAACGUGAAGAGGAUGUCUUCGGUUGGCCAAGCACUAAAGACGGCAUGGGGCGGCACGUCGCUAAAUUCAAACAAACAAAGGCGCGCCGACGGCAGCAUUACCUGGGAAACAACAUCCCUCCACCUUGCCGAGAGUUCGUCAGCUGAGACAUCUCUGCUCAAGAUCAGAAGCAGCGCGAGUGGGCGUCUUAAGCAGGCCCACAUGCUAGGCGACCAGAAGCGCGUUUGAGGAAUGAAAGGUCGAGAUCGCAAGGAGGAUUCGGCCUGGACUCGAUGUCGCUGGGAGAGGAUUCUGAUUCGAGCGGCAAGGCCCUGGGAUCAUGGGGCAAGUGGCAGGCGG